UCAAUCUCGAAUCAAAAAAGCAAAAUCUUUCUGCGAAUACCUAUAUUUUGUUUUAUCAAAACUAUGGAUAGUAGUGUGGAAUUCGUGGAGGAUUUAGUCGAGGAUGUGGAUAAUCCUGAUGUCAGCAUGGUUGACGUGAUUCAGCGAGCGGAAGCUGUUCUAGCUUCACUGCCCGCACGGCGACCAACGACGAAUCGAAUCGUAAACAAACCAGCAACCGGAACCACAAAAGAACGUUCAAGAAGCACAAAUAACAAGCCGGGUCCGUCGAGAUCCACCAUUCGGUACGCGUUGGAUGAUUCUGACUGCAUCAUUGUCAUACCGGAUCCGGAGGAGCCGAAGCCAACUGUGAAUGCGCCCGCGGCACCUCCACCAUCCCCGCCGGCGCCGGCUUCCGAAGCCAUCUCCUGUCCGAUAUGCUUCGAACCGGUGUUCCAAGGACCGGCAGCAUCCACCAUCUGCGGCCAUCUCUACUGUUACCAGUGCAUCACCACCGAGAUCAAGGUGCGACCGAAGUGCCCGAUGUGCUCGCGACCGCUGCAGGCAUCGGAGGUAAUUCAGCUUUUCCGUAACUGAUGGCUACGAGCCCGAUCUGAUUGAUUUUUGUUUAACGUUAUUUCGGGUUUCCUUUUCAUAAAAUAAAAACUAACGUGCCCGUUUCAAUAAAAAAUACAAAUACCCACCUAUAAAAUAAUGAAUUCAUGUUAUACAUAUUAUAUUGAAAUUAUCAGAUAUUUUCUUGGGAAAUAAUAAUCGAUCGAUUUUACUUCUCUAUUGAC